CGGCUUUAGACAGAGUUGUUCCGUGUCAUUUCAAAAUGGCGCCUAUGUAGGUGAGAGUCAUAUUUGAAGCUGAAUUUCAUUCUUUGCUUGACUGUUACAUUAAGGAACCACGACUUCGGACUCCAGGAUGGAUUCAAGCUCUGGAGAAAAGCAGCGUGGCAGUGUGGCGUCACAGUUCCUCACCAGGACAGAGGAUGCGGCUAUAGAUAUGACUACUAAUGAAAAGGUCGUGGACCUUCUGAACCAGGCCGCUUUAAUGGCCACCGAUGAUAAACUCACUGCUCUUAAGCAGGUGCAAGAGCUGAUUAUUAAUAAGGAUCCUUCAUUACUUGACAAUUACUUGGAUGAGAUGCUAGCAUUUCAGAAUGACAAAUCAAUAGAAGUGAGGAAAUUUGUUAUUGGUUUCAUUGAAGAAGCAUGUAAAAGGGACAACGAGCUGUUACUAAAGCUGUUGGGGAAUUUGAACAUGGUGUUGAGAGAUGAUAGUGUAAACGUUGUGAAGAAGGCCAUCCUGACGCUCACUCAGCUUUACAAAGUGACACUGCAGUGGCUACUGCGCAUGAAGACUAUCUCAGACGUGCAGGAGGGAUGCUGGGACAUGGUGACCCAGAUGAAGGGGGAGGUCCUGGCUCUGCUCGACUCGGAUAACGACGGCGUUCGCACACACGCCAUCAAAUUUACAGAGUCGCUAAUCAUCACGCUGUCGCCUCGCACCUCCGAUUCGGACGUCCCCAAGAAGCAGGAAGGGGACAUCAGCCUGGACAAAGUUCCUAAGGACCAUUCAUAUAUUCACUAUGAUGUUCUGUGUGAAGAAGGCAAGUCAGCUCUGGAGCAGCUCCUGAAGUUCAUGGUUCACCCAGCCAUCUCCAGCAUUAAUCUGACCACAGCUCUGGGCUCACUGGCCACUUUGGCUCGGCAGAGACCCAUGUUCAUGUCCGAGGUCAUUCAAGCUUAUGAGACUCUACAUGCCAACCUGCCCCCAACGCUUGCCAAGUCGCAGGUGAGCAGCGUGCGCAAGAGCCUCAAGUUGCACCUGGUGUCCGUGCUGCGGCACCAGAGCAGCGUAGACUUCCACAGCCAGAUCUCCACACUCCUGCUGGAUCUGGGAAUGGCCCAAAGCGAGAUUACCCGCUGCAUUCCUGCCGCCACACAGGUCCGCAAGAGACCGCGGCAUGAGCCUUACAGCGAGGGCAAGAGGAUCAAAAUGGAACCCGCUCUGAUUGAGGAUGAUGACGAUAAAGAGGAGCCGGUACCCAUCAUCACACCCAAGCCAUUGGCCACCACCGGGACGCAGUCUGCUAUAGACAUCACAGCAGAGUUCCUGCUGCCUCUGCUCACUCCAGAGAACGUGGCCAACCUGGUGCUCAUCAGCAUGGUUUACCUGCCAGACAACAUGCCAGCCUCCUUCCAAGCUACUUACACACCUGUGGAGUCAGCAGGCACAGAUUCCCAAAUCAAACAUCUGGCCAGGCUCAUGGCCACGCAGAUGACCUCAGGGGGACUUGGACCUGGUCUGGAGCAGUGCAAAGCCCGCGAUGAAGAAGGAAAGGAGGGUGAGGCCGACGCUGCCGUGGCGGAGACCAGCUCUAAAGACCCCAUUAUCAUCCGGAAAGUGUCAGCUGUGUCUCUGGGCCAGGCCAUCUCCGUAGUGGGGUCCUACAAGAGUGAAGCUAUGGAGGAGACGCCCCAGGCCAAGAAACUCCCAGAACCCAUUUUGCCUUCUACACAGCCCAAAGCACCGGGGAGCAGCGGAAGAAAGAAAGUCUUCAGGUUGGCUGAUGUGGUCCAGCCGUUGUCCGACACCCAACUGGAGAAGUUAACCAGCAUGGCUGUCCGACGAAUUCUCCAAUCUGAAAAGGCAAUUGCAAGAACUGGAAUGUCCCAUGUUCGUGUAAAGUUGCUAGCAAGAUUGAUCACUCAGUUCGAGGGUGCAAUGAAGGAUGACAUGCUGCGUUUCAUCCUGGAGGAUAUCCGGAACCGCAUCGACCUAGCUUUCGCUCUUCUCUAUCAGGAGUACAACCAGUACUUGAGCCAGGUGCCAUCAGGCUCUCUGGAGAGCUACGAGCACUGCUUGUUCACGCUGCUUUCAGGCUUACAGGAGCGGCCUGAACAGAGAGACGGGCUCUUCAAUAAGUUGGUGCUUGAGGCUCCUCUGAUCACAGAGUCAGCGCUGGAGGUGAUCCGGCGCUACUGUGAGGACGAGUCUCGUGUUUACCUCGGCAUGCCCACUCUAAAAGAUCUCAUCCUGAAACGCCCCUCCAGACAGUUUCAGUACCUCCACGUUCUCCUGGACCUCAGCUCUCACGAGAAAGAAAAAGUGCGCUCGGCAGCCCUGAACAUCAUCAAGUGGAUGUACGAGAAGGACCACCUGCGAGACUACAUUGAGAAGUUUGCCCUGAACUACAUGCAGCUUCUCGUUCACCCGAAUCCGCCCUCGUUGCUGUUCGGGGUCGGAGAGGACACAGAGGUGGCAGCUCCCUGGACAGAGGAGACCGUGAGACAGUGUCUGUACCUCUACCUCUCCCUUCUUCCUCUCAACCACCGCUUGGUCCACGAGUUAGCUGCGGUCUACACCGAAGCUAUCGCUGACAUCAAGCGGAGCGUGCUCCGUGUCAUCGAGCAGCCUAUUAGAGGAAUGGGAAUGAACUCUCCUGAUCUGCUGCUGCUGGUUGAAAACUGUCCCAAGGGGGCAGAGACUCUGGUCACUCGCUGUCUACACAUACUGACUGAUAAAGUCCCUCCAUCUCCAGACCUGGUUGAGCGAGUACGGGAUCUCUAUCACAAACGAGUGCCAGAUGUGCGUUUCCUCAUUCCAGUCAUCAACGGCCUGGAAAAGAAAGAGGUGAUCCAGGCAUUGCCCAAACUUAUCAAGCUCAACCCCAUAGUAGUCAAGGAGGUCUUCAAUCGCUUGCUGGGGACACAACACAGUGAAGGCAGUUCUUCCGUGUCCCCUCUGACUCCUGGCGAACUCCUCAUCGCUCUGCAUAACAUCGACUCCACCAAAUGCGACAUGAAGUCCAUCAUUAAAGCUACGAACCUGUGCUUUGGUGAGAAGAACGUGUACACGUCGGAGGUGCUGGCCGUGGUCAUGCAGCAGCUGAUGGAGCAGAAUCCUCUCCCCAUGCUGCUCAUGCGGACCGUCAUCCAGUCACUUACAAUGUACCCUCGCCUGGGUGGCUUCGUCAUGAACAUCCUCACUCGCCUGAUCCCCAAACAGGUUUGGAAGUACCCCAAGGUGUGGGAAGGAUUUGUGAAGUGCUGCCAGCGCACCAAGCCACAGUCCUACACCGUUCUGCUUCAGUUGCCACCAGCGCAGCUUUCCAGCGUUUUCGAGCGCUGCCCUGAGAUGAGAGAGCCUCUCCUUCAGCAUGUCCGCUCCUUUACCCCACACCAGCAAGCCCACAUUCCGUCCUCCAUCAUGGCUAUUCUGGAGGCUAACAGUCGGAUGCCUGAGCCUGAACCACCACAGCAGGAACCUGAGCACAUAAAAGUGCAGGAGGAAAGAGAGUUACACACCCAACAGUUUAUGAGGCCCAUAACCCAGGUGGAAACUCGAGCUCCAAUUGUAGUAGCAGCUCCUCCUGAACUAGUGCCUGAGUCAGUAGUCAGAAGAGAGGAAAUAGAGGAGCCUAUGGAGGAAGGAGAGGCGGGUUCAGAACGUCUCGAGAUUGCCACCGAAGCCACAACGCAAAUGGAAACACCUGAAAUUGAAUCUGCAUCCACCUCUGUUCCCCAGGAAACAGCAGAGGAACCAAUGGAGACGACUAUUACUGAGCCUGCAGAAAACCAGCAGAAAGAGGUGGUAGAGGAACAAGGCCCAGAACCCGAAACACAAGCAAACGAUCCUGAAUAAAACACACAUUAUGGCUGAUCCAAGUUCAGCAUAUCUGUGUUGAGUCUAAAGUCUAGAACCUUAAAUAUAGUUAAUUGUUUGUGAUUACGUUCCUUCGUUCUUCACUCCUGUGAAAACAAAAAAAGUCAUGAAAUAACAAGGUAUGUCUGGAUAAUAAAGAUCUUUGUAUAAAG